UCCAAAAAACCUCAACAGAGUUACAGAAAUUCACAGAAACUAUGGCUUUAGUAGACGGUCCCUGAAAACAAAUCAGGUCUAAACCCUCAGAGAAGCCAGCGAAGGCCCAGGAAGGCCCUGGAUUCAAUAGCCGUACUGCGGUAAACCCUCACUGAAUUUUCAGAAGAGGAAGGCGCCAAGUGUGAACUGUUUUUGUGCCGGGAGUUACGAUUUCGGGUGCCAGGAAAAACGUGGAAACCGUUUUAUCAAAAUGUCCGAUAGCGAUGUGGAGUAUGCGGCCACCGAGGAGGUGGAGAUCGAGGAGAUCGACGUCUACGAGAUGGACGAGGCGGAUCUGAAGCAGUUCGUGGAGGUGCAUGAUUUACAGCGUCCGGUGAAUGUCGUGCCGAACAUAAAAAAUGAGCCGGCUCCAUCCACCUCGAAGGCCGGGUGUGCUAGCUCUUCCGCACAAUCGGAAUCGGAAACGGACGAAGAGAACACACAGCAACGGGAGACACUGAUUAAGAAGCUGGUGGCACGUGAAAUCACCUGCAGCCAGUAUCAGGAGCAGAUGCACCUGGAAGAUGAUUUCGACGAAGAAGAGGUGGACCAGGAACGGAGCAGAGAGUGGGUAUCGUCGGGAUUCGAAAUAGAUUACCGUACGGCUCAGCGAGAUGCCAUGAAGGGGAAUCUGCAAGGUCCGGUGCAAACGACCGUGGAAGGCAAAAGUACCAAGCGCCGACAGAGACGCUUUCUGCCACCGGCCCUCCAGGGACUGAUGGGCGAGGCAAAUCUUUGCUACGCUCGAGGCGAUACAAGUACAGCGAAGGAUCUGUGCCUGGAGAUCAUCCGUCAGGUUCCGCUUGCCUAUGAACCCUUCAUUACGCUGGCGCAGCUCUACGAAGGUAAUGAUCCGGAACAGUACCUCGAGUGUUCCCUGAUUGCGGCCCAUUUAAAUCCCUCCGAUAUCGAACUUUGGAUGCGCGUCGCGGAAACAUCGAUCGAACAGGGCAAUAUCGAUCAAGCGCUCAAAUGCUACACUCGCGCUAUCAAGUACGAACCGAAGAAUGUCGAUCUGCGCCUGAAGCGUGCGCGGCUCACGGAGAAAAAAGGGGACGAAAAACAGGCGUUCAAAUACUACUACGACAUGCUACCACUCAUCCCGAAAGAGCAGGCCGAGUUUCUUAUCUGCACCGCGAAAAGGGUGGCCAAAAAGUUUCACGAAGAAUCGAAUAUCGGCGCCGCGCUUGAGGCGAUGGAGCGGGCUUACACAACCGCACCGGAACUGUUCUCCAUCGAGGACAUCAAUCUUCUGUUGGAACUCUUGAUUGCCAAUGGGCUCUACCAGCGCGCUUUACAUAUUCUCUCGACGCAUGCCCACGUUGAAGUGCAGGGCUCGGUGGAAGCGGCAGCGUCAAGCAAAGGGUCAAGCUUUUCCGUCUCCAUACCGGACGAUAUGAUGCUGGAUUUGCGCACGAAGCUGGCCGUGGUGCUAGUGCACCUGAAGAGCGAACAUCUGUUCGAUUACAUCAUCAGGGACAUUAUGAUACACACCGAUCCAGAGAAUGGGGGCGAUUGUUAUCUGGACAUAGCGGAAGCGCUUAUGAAGGAGGAGUACUAUCGGUUUGCGUUGCGAUUGCUGAUACCGUUGAUCAAAAGCGAACGCUUCUCGCUGGCCGCCGUUUGGCUUCGUUAUGCCGAUUGUUCCCGUUUCAUUGAAGCCUACGAUGAAGCCAUCGAGGGCUAUCGAAAGGUUGUCUCGCUGGCUCAACAUUUGGAUGCGCGUUUGGCGCUGGCAGCGCUCUUGAAGAAGCAGGGCAAAUAUUCAGAAGCACUGGAAGCACUGGAACAGGAUCCCGAGAAUGAGUAUCUGGAUCCGGAGGUGCUGUACGAGCGUUGCCUUAUGCUCGAAGAGAUUGGCCACUACAAAGAGUUUCUCGAUGCCGGUUUCAUGCUGAUGGCCCGGCAUUGCUAUAUGCUUAAGAAUCGGCAUGACAUGGAUAUGGUCCUGUCGUUCGCCCGGUUCAACGAUAUGCGAACGGCCGAAACCGAAAAACGAGCCCUUGGCGAAGGAGCACCGGACUUUGUCUCCGGUUCCGACCUUCCUCUGACCACGGAGUGGGAACUAGUGUUGCGAUUGCUGAAGGUGGCCGAUCAACUACACGAUUACGGUUACUUUAUGAAGCUGGUGUUCACACUUAACACCUCAAAGCGUUUCCAGGUGUAUCGUUACGAGCUGCAGCAGCUUUCACUUAAUGCAUGCAUCUACAACCGCGAUCCCAGCCUGGGUCAUAACAUUCUUCGCGAGCAGAUUCGUAUACUGCUAAUGAUGCAACCGGAAAAGAUCAAUCAUCCGCGGCUUUGGAAUGUGUUCAAUCUGGUGGUUUUCAUCAGUGGUGACGUCCGUUACAAUCGCUACCUGUCCCGGCUCUUUGAUCGUGUUCCGAACAUCGGCGUGCAUCCGAAAUCGUUGAUCGCUAAUUACCAUCUUACCUCCUGCACGUACAAGUACGCCCUGAACCAUUACAACCAAAUUUAUCAAGCAACCAAUGAUCCGCUUUACGCGAUGCUGCUCGCCGUCACGCUAACACAGAUCGCGUGCCAGAAGUUCACCUCCAAGAAGCAGACGCUUGUGGCUCAAGCCAACAUUUUCAUGGAUAAGUACGGGCAGGGAAGGAUGGAGGAGGUUCGGCACGAAGUUUACUACAAUUUCGGGCGCAUGUACCACCAGCUGGGUAUGUUACAUUUGGCGGUAGAUUACUACAAGCGCGUGCUGAGCUUCGACAGUGCGGUGAUAAGACAGUGCCCGAAACAUCUUGAUCUUAAAGCCGAAACGGCAUACAACCUAAGCUGCAUCUACAGGGACAGUGGGAACAUUGAAUUGGCUCGCAAGUACUUGUAUGAAUACAUUCAAGUAUAAUAUUUUGUUCGGAUUGUACUAAAAACCAAUUAAUGUGAUAGAGAUUAAUAGCCAGUUUUUGGUUCUACAAAGACUAGGUUCAAAGAAAUCCAUUGGGUUCCUUGAAGUAAUAAUAGAUUGAUUAGAUUGAUCAACAUUUGUAAAUAAUAAUCGGAGGUAAAUAAACUUUCCCAAUGGGAAUGGACUGUAGAUAACAGUUAACAGCACUU